AUGCCCAUCCCAACGCGUUCGGCUUCGCUGCGCGAUCCCCGUAAACAAACAUCAAAUAUAGCACGGCCUACAACAAAAUCAUCGGCUCCACUACCUCCCACGACCAGCCCGAGCAAUGACUCUACGCACGAGACGAAUAAAAAGCAGCGCUCGCCAUCCAAUCCCUCGCCGGUCGAGGGUGUGCCACCGAAAGACAAUGGAGUCAGUGCCCGAGGAAGAACCCUACUGCCCCAACGCAGGAAUACUGUCCAAGACAACGGUCGGGGAACUGGCUAUGGACGUAUCCAGCCUCCUAGCAGCAAGCCGAAACCACGCGGAGACCUGUCACCAACUAGACAGCGAGAGAUAUCACCGCCUAAAAAGCAAUCACCGACGGAUUCUACAGCAAUGAAGACAGGGGCUCCACUGAGCCGUCGCCAAAGCAUUAUGCGACCUGGUGCGUUGAAGAUGCCGUCAGCGAAGACUACGGUCCCUUCAUCAAAGGGCUCCGCGCCAUCGUUCGCGCCGCCCUCACCCCGGAAAGCGACAGGAAGGCGGUCCCCAGUUCAACCUCCUACAAUCAGAAGACCCCCUUCACCCAAGAAAACAGAAAUGCUUCCCCCACCACGCCCCACACGGUCCGCCUCUUUGAGGCAACCUAUCAGCACCGGCAAGAGACCGCCGGUGGAGGCCAAAAGCCAUGUGCAACAUAGGAGUCAGUUCACACAGAGUACAAAACAAGCUGAAACAACCCCAGUGACCGCCCAACGUGCACGGGCACUAUCAAACUACCAACGACCGCCGUCCCCUAAGAAAUUCUCCAAACCUCCAACACCUACCCCUGGAGUCGAACCUCAGUCUGGGAAUCUGUUGAUCCCUUCGUCAUGGCCAGAUAUUGCAGCACUACAGACGGAGCUUCUCCAGCUCAGCCUUUUCCAUUCCAACUCAUUACAGAGGCAUGCGGAAUGGAAAUCCGAUUCUGAGUCAUGUCUGCGCAAAAAGUACGACGGUGUCGCUAGCCAAUAUCGCUUGGUACUGGCAGAUGAAAGGCAGCGGCAGUGUCACUUGAAUGUGCAGGCCCUGGGGCUAUGGCUUUCCAAUUGCCGCCAACAUCGCGGUCCGCAUGAUUUCUCCGAGCAGAUUCAGAUUUUAUCACGGGUUCUACAAGACGUUUCGGAUAUGACUGCUGACAGCAGGGGUGCACAGUACUCCCAGGCUGUCAAAUCAUUUGAAGACUGGCUUUACCACGCAGAGCUUAUUCGCCAUGAUCGUGGACCGACAUCUCUUGAUGUUUGCGCCUUCAUUGACCCCCUGGGGCGGAGCUGGAAAGAAUCAUUGCAUAAAUUAAAUGUGAGGCUGGAACUCUGUGCACGCGAAUUACAAGUCCUUGAUAUUCUCGGCUUCGGACAAGUGGAGCGUCUAGAACAGUCUGCUCUUGCUAGAGUGGCCAAAAACCUGGCUGAAUUGAUACAGCUAAUGAUGCAAGAGAUUCGUGCCAUGCAGAAAUUGGAGGCAGAAGUAGUGCGCUCAGAAAGAGAUGCUGUCAGCCUUCUCGCGAUGCAGUUCGCAGGCUCUGUAACGGAAACGAAAGCACCCCGAGUUGGGGCAUGGAGAAGCUAA